AUGAGCGGUGAAACUGGAUCCAACGAGGCUCUCGCGCCACCAGAGGAGAUCGAAGCCCAGGAGCACGAUGAGCCCGACAACGGAGUUGAUGCCACGGCUGAAGUUGCCGACAGCGAUGAGGGAUCCGACGCCGGAGGAGCCGCCGCCGCCAGCUCUGCUCCAGUCGCUCGUGGACGCGGACGCCCACCAAAGGGAGGAGACAAGAAGACUGCGAUCCCGAAGGUCGGAGGAACCGGAAAGCGUGGACGUCCAGCCAAGGGAACGACUGCCGCGAAGCCAAAGGAGCCAAAGGUUGCUCGUGAGCCGGAGCGCAAGAGCGAGCGUGCUCGCAAGACGACCCACUACAACGACUCGGACGAUUCGGGAGACGAGGCACCAGUGAAGGCCAAGAAGUCGUCAGCCGCCAAGAGCACCGCUUCGGAUGGAGCCAAGAAGCGUGGACGUCCAAAGAAGAACGUCGACUAG